AUGGCAAACAUAUUCGGAGUCAUUUUUUUCUGUGGACUUGUCCUCAUCAGCGCCGCACAGCAGAAGGAUAAAGAUGUCCAGCACAAUUUUCUGGGAAUCAGUGAACUUAGAUCUCUGGGAUUUGCGUUUGCUGAAUUCUUCAAGGAUAUAACACUCGAUGACUUAGGCAUUCGGAUCCCCAGACUGCCUACUGAAGCGGACCUGCUUUGCCUUGGCGAUAUGGCACAGUUCAUGGCCUCACUUAAAGCUGGAGAACUUUGGGCCCUAAGGAUGAUCGAUGCGUGGGGCUCCAUUCCCUCGGGACUCCUUACUGGCAACUCAUAUGACCUGGGAAACUUUGACGAGUGCCUGAAUAUCAAAAAGGGAAUCAGUGAAACUAGAGUUAUCCGUGGCAAGUACUGUUUCCUCAAAGUUUCCCUUGGUCAACUGCUGGGAGUCGAUAAUGCAGCCCUGUCAGCCUUGAGCUUCAAUUCAGCAAGCUGCUUUCCGGCCUCCUGCUCGGCGUCUCACAUGAACGUGUUUGUGGGACAGCUUAUGAAUCACUUCUUGAACUCAAGUAGUUCUAUAGAUGGUAUGAGUAUCAGCGAAAGCAGUUGCCAAACGAGUGAAAGUGAACCCUGGGACGGACUCACGAUCUUUACAGUGGUGUUCUUAUCGCUGAUGGCCUUGGCUGUGGGGCUCUUCACGCUGUUCGAUUACCUCUUUUGCAAAAACCAAUCUGAGGUACCGAUAAUAGUGAAGGUGUUUUCCGCCAGGGCCAACUCCAGAGCUCUGUUCCGCAUCACGCAGAGUAAGUCGAAACCGAAUGUAAUCGAAUGUCUCCAUGGAAUCCGCUGCAUGUCCCUCUUCUGGGUGAUUAUUGGCCACCAAUACGGAGCUAAUAUUCUCUCUGCGUGUAUUAAUAUAUUGCAAAUGAUAACGUGGCUGAAGCUUCCAUACUCCAAUCUCAUUGUACAUGGAGGAUUCGCGGUGGAUUCGUUUCUUUUCCUUGGCGGCUUGUUGGUAGCUUUAGUGGCACUUCGCUCUAUGGAAAAAAAUCAGGGAAAGAUUAAUGUGCUUCUGAUGUACCUGCACCGUUUGAUUCGCAUUCUCCCCAUUUUGGCCACAGCCAUUUUGGUCUACACUAAGCUCAUGACUGCAGUGGCAGAUGGCCCUCUGAUGAAGAGCGGAUACACGGGGAAAUCGGAUUGUGAAACUGGUUGGUAUUGGACCUUGCUAUUCGUGAAUAACUACACUAAAGCAAAGUGCCUUUCCCAUUCAUGGUACCUGUCAGUGGACAUGCAGUUGUUCAUCCUCUCACCGAUCCUGCUGAUAUCUCUCUACAAAUGGGGCAAGAAGGCUGCUGCAGCCAUAUUUGUCCUCAUAGUUCUGCUCUCUGGCUGCCUCUUUGCCACGAUGAUGGUCAACGACUACACCAUGCAGUUGAUGAGCGGAGGUGCAGAUGGGACUCAGGAGUUAUACAAUGCUACUCAUACACACGCCACCCCUUGGCUAAUCGGAUUCCUUUUCGGCUACUUCCUGUACUUGAAUAGGGGAAAACAAUUUCAGCUGAGUUGGGUUGUCGUUUGGGUCGGAUGGGUGCUCUGCCUGGCCAUGAUCUUUACCUCAAUAUUUGCUCUCUACCCGUCGACGCAGUCAGGUUCGCCACCCUUGUCAACUCUAGCGGAGUCCUUCUACUACACUCUCACCCGAGUGGGUUGGCCCUUAGCUCUGUGCUGGGUGGUCUUUGCCUGCAUGCAGGGAUACGGAGGACUGGCCAAUAGUUUCCUCUCCUCACCCCUGUGGCAACCGUUGUCAAAGCUCUCCUAUUCGGCCUUCAUCUGGCACUUGUUUAUCAUGGAGAUAAAUGCAAAGACUAUCAGGACCAAUACCUACUUCUCCGACUACCAAAUGAUGCUGAAAUUCUGGUCGACUCUUGGUUUCACGCUCUUGCUCUCUUACUUUAUGUACUUGAUUGUAGAGGCGCCCUUUGGAGGCCUGGAUAACUUUCUAAGGCCUCAGAAGAAGCCUUCUAAUGCAGGAAUAUUAAAUCGGGAUUCGUCUCAGACAAAGCUGAAUAAAAACAAUGAUGACUAUGCAAGGGAUCUGAGAGUGACAGAAGAAAAUGCUCCAUCGCGAACUGAUUAAUUUGAUGCAUAUAAUUCUAAUAUUUCCUAUUUUGGUAUACAAUAAAGAUGUAAUUUGAUGUA